AUGGCGGCGCCCAGCGGGGCCGCGCGCUGGGUGUUCCUGCUGCUGGGAAUGGGAAUGGGAACAGGAACAGGAACGGGCACUGCGGGGGCUGCCGGCGCCGGGAGCUGCGGCUGCGGCGCCGGCCGGGCCGCCGGGGACGGGCGGGAGCUGGCGGCGCGGCGCUACUCGGCGGCAGCAGCGGCGGCGGCUGCGGGCGGCGGGCGGAGCGGCGGGCACGGGCCGAUGGUGGCGAUUCCAGGAGGGGUGUUCACCAUGGGCACCCAGGAGCCUGCAAUCCAGCAGGACGGGGAGGGCCCUGCCAGGAGAGUCCACCUGAAGGGUUUCUACAUGGACCAGUACGAGGUCAGCAACAAGCACUUCGAGCGGUUUGUGAACGCCACGGGCUACGUCACUGAGGCAGAAAAAUUUGGAGACUCCUUUGUGUUUGAGGGAAUGCUGAGUGAAGCAGUGAAGGCUGACAUCCACCAAGCAGUUGCAGCUGCUCCCUGGUGGUUGCCUGUGAAAGGAGCCAACUGGAAGCAUCCCGAGGGUCCUGACUCCAGUAUCUCCAGCAGGAUGGAUCACCCAGUUCUCCACGUGUCCUGGAAUGAUGCUGUGGCUUUCUGCACGUGGGCAGGGAAGCGGUUACCCACGGAGGCAGAGUGGGAGUACAGCUGUCGAGGGGGCCUGGAAAACAGGCUGUUCCCAUGGGGUAACAAGCUGCAGCCCAAGGGUCAGCACUUCGCCAACAUCUGGCAGGGGGAGUUCCCGACCAACAACACUGCCGAGGAUGGGUACAAGGGCACUGCACCUGUCACUGCCUUCCCUCCCAAUGGCUACGGGCUGUACAACAUGGUGGGCAACGCCUGGGAGUGGACGUCGGACUGGUGGGCUGUCCAGCACUCCCCUCGGGAAGUUCACAACCCUCCAGGGCCGCCCUCGGGCACGGACAGAGUGAAGAAGGGAGGAUCCUACAUGUGCCACAAGUCCUACUGCUACAGGUACCGCUGUGCAGCCCGGAGCCAGAACACCCCCGACAGCUCCGCGUCCAACCUGGGCUUCCGCUGCGCCUCCGACACCCCCCCAGAGCCACAGUGACCUCCUGCCGUUCCACGGGCUCAGGAACAGCUGCACUGCACCCAGGGAACCAGGGAUGACGGCAGUGUCACGUGCUGAGGGCACACAACAGAAACAUCUACUGCCUAAAGCUCCUGCUGGGGGGAGGAAAAUCCAACACUACUCAGCGUUGCUUGGAGAAGCUUCGUGUUCGUGGGGACCUGGCCUGGACUCAGAUCCUGACCAAACUCAGCAGCUGGUUUUGGCAAGAGUGUUUUGGGUUCAACUGGAACAAAACUGUUUUCAAAGGCUACUUAAUACAGGUUGGAAAAGACCCCCAAGACCAGAGUCCAACCUGUGACCAGUCCCCACCUCAUCACCCAGACCAGCUCCUUUAGCAAAGAUCUUUCCUAAUUGCUUUUAUUUAUGUAGAGUUUGAGUUUCUGCACUCACAUGCAAUAAACAGGGACUUUAUAAAGUUCUAGGCAGCUUUAAAAGAAAUUUGAGGCAGUUGAGAAAUUCUAGGCAGCUUUAAAAGCCAGUGAAGGAGUCAAGAGUGAGGCCUGGGAGAUGACACCUCUCCCGGGGGCAGCUCCCACAGCCCUUUGUUACACUCCUGUGCAGUGAAAACUGGGUCAGCAAUGGGCUGUUCUGGUGGGAUUUGCUGCUCUUUAGGAAGUGCCUUCUGCAGCUGGGGGGUGAUGAUCCUCAGGGUGAUGAUGAUUAGCAAUCUUGUCCAUGUUUCAAUAAAAUGUCAGGCAUUUGUUUA